ACACGCGUACGCCCGCGAUCUCCCGCCCCACGGAUCGCGGCCGCCAAUGGCAGCGCCCCGCCCGCCGGUAUAAAGCGCACCUCGCCACAGCUUUGAGUUCCGCUUCAGCGGUCACCACUCACUAGAAGCUGCUCUGCUUUUCUCCAAGAAAAAGAGGGGAGGUGCUCUGCUUCGUUCGAUGGCGACCGUGAUGGAGGAGGCUGGGGCGGUGGUGAUGGGCGGAACCGGUGAGGAGGAGGUUGUUGCUGCGCCGGAGAAGGUGGAGGAGGUGAAGGAGGCGGGUGCGGGCGGGGUGGACGUGGAGGUCGCCGGCGGGGAGGCGAAGAAGGCGGAGGAGGAGCAAGGGGAGCAGGGCAAGGGGACGGAGAAGAAGCCGAGGAGAAGGAAGCCCCGGUCGGCGGGGCCGCACCACCCGCCCUACUUCGAGAUGAUCAAGGAGGCGAUCAUGGCGGCGGGCGACGGCAAGGCGGGGGCGAGCGCGUACGCGAUCGCGAUCGCGAAGCGCGUCGGGGAGCGGCACGGCGAGGCGCUCCCGGGCAACUACCGCAAGGUGCUGGCCACGCAGCUCCGGGGCUUCGCCGCCAAGGGCCGGCUCGUCCAGGUCAAGGCCUCCUUCCGGCUCGCCCCCGCCGAGGAGAAGAAGGCCCUGCAGGCGGCGACGCCCAAGUCCAAGAAGAGGACGACCACGGCCAAGAAGACCGCGUCGAAGAAUGUGGCCCCGGCGCCGGCGCGCGCGAAGAGGGCGAAGAAGGCCAACAAGGCCAGCGCCUGAUGCCGCCACCGUGUCCCCUGUACAUAUCUCGGUAGUAGCAGUACGGAGUAGCAGCAUGUUCGAUCCAGCGCCCUGUUCUGUAAAUACCACCCGUGUGCGUGCGUUGCCGGCAAUAAUGGCGCGCUCGUGUGCCGGUGUUGAUGGACGCGAGGAAGGAGAAGAUGGUGAAUUUGGCUGUGGCCGCCAAUCUGUACGACUGAUGCUUGUACCACUCUGUCUCCGUGUUGUGAUCAUGCUCUGCUCCCUUCC